CACAACUUCACGCCUUACUGGAGAUUAGCGGAAAAGCCACGGAUUCACUUUUUCCCUCCGAAUUUUCUCGGCAACCAAACGCCUAGAGUUUUCUCAGUGAUUGUCUUCCUGAGAAUGCGAUCUGCACAAUAUUGAAGAAGCUGGGAGUGUACGAAAAUACGAUUGCAUUCCAGAAUGACGUCGUUCCUGGUGAAGCUUGGGAUAUUUGUCUCUGUUCUUUUGCUUCUGUUUUCUCCGUCGCAAUCUGCAGUUUUUAGCGUAGAUCUAGGUUCUGAGUGGGUCAAAGUAGCGGUCGUAAACCUGAAACCUGGGCAGAGUCCAAUAUCGAUAGCGAUCAAUGAGAUGUCCAAGCGAAAAUCCCCGGCCUUGGUGUCAUUUAAUUCGGGUGAUCGUCUACUAGGCGAAGAAGCAGCCGGUCUGGUGGCUCGGUAUCCUCAAAACGUCUAUUCCCAGAUCAGGGACUUGAUUGGCAAACCAUAUAAUUUCUCUAAGAAGUUUUUGGAUUCAAUGUACUUGCCAUGUGAAAUCAAGGAAGAUUCAAGGGGAACUGCCACUGUCGUAGUCGACUCUAAUGGCACAGAGUAUUCGGCCGAGGAAUUGGUGGCGAUGGUUUUGACCUAUGCUGCUAAUUUAGCUGAGUUCCAUUCAAAAAUUCCGAUCAAAGAUGCUGUAAUCACGGUACCGCCUUACUUUGGGCAAGCUGAACGAACCGGGUUGCUUCAGGCAGCAGAAUUGGCAGGAAUUAAUGUUCUUUCUUUGAUAAACGAGCAUUCUGGUGCUGCAUUACAGUAUGGGAUUGAUAAGGACUUUUCGAAUGAGUCCAGGCAUGUUAUAUUCUAUGACAUGGGUUCAAGCAGUACCUACGCCGCACUUGUAUAUUUCUCGGCGUACCCAAGUAAAGAAUAUGGCAAGAAAGUAUCAAUUAAUCAGUUUCAGGUUAAGGAUGUCUAUUGGAAUCCAGAGCUGGGCGGUCAACAUAUGGAAUUGCGAUUAGUGGAGUACUUUGCUAAUGAAUUUAAUAAGCAAGUUGGUGAUGGAUUUGAUGUGAGAAAGUAUCCCAAGGCUAUGGCUAAAUUAAAGAAACAGGUUAAACGAACCAAAGAAAUUCUUAGUGCAAACACAGCUGCACCAAUUUCAGUUGAGUCACUUCAUGCAGACACGGAUUUCAGGAGUACUAUUACACGUGAGAAGUUUGAAGAGCUCUGUGAGGAUAUCUGGGAAAAAUCUCUUUUGCCCGUGAAAGUGUUGCUUGAGAAUUCAGGGUUGGCGGCUGACCAAAUAUAUGCGGUGGAGUUGCUAGGAGGUGCAACCAGAGUUCCUAAACUCCAGGCUAAGCUUCAAGAGUUCCUUGGGAGGAAAGAACUUGACAGACAUCUUGAUGCGGAUGAAGCUAUAGUUCUAGGCGCAUCACUGUAUGCUGCAAAUUUAAGUGAUGGAAUUAAAUUGAACCGGAAGCUGGGAAUGGUUGAUGGUUCAAUGUAUGGAUUUGUGGUUGAGCUGAAUGGUCCUGAUCUCUUGAAAGAUGAAAGCACUAGGCAGUUGCUUGUACCACGAAUGAAGAAGGUCCCAAGCAAGAUGUUCAGAUCAAUUAUCCAUAACAAAGAUUUUGAGGUUUCACUAGCAUAUGAGAGUGAAAAUCUUUUGCCACCUGGCAUUACCUCUGCUGAAGUUGCUCAAUAUCAAGUAUCUGGUUUGACAGCUGCAACUGAGAAGUACUCAUCUCGGAAUUUGUCCUCUCCCAUAAAAGCAAAUCUGCAUUUCUCUCUUAGUAGAAGUGGAAUCCUUUCUUUGGAUCGGGCAGAUGCUGUUAUUGAAAUAACAGAGUGGGUGGAAGUUCUUAGAAAGAAUCUGACCAUAGAGAAUGCUACUUCUGAUUCUUCAAACUUGACAUUGGAAACUGGUGGGAGGAAUAGUUCUGAGGAAAAUGGUGAAAACUUGCAAACUGAUGGAGGGAUUAGUAAGACGUUGAAUGCUAGUACAGAGGAGCAAACUGCUGCAGAUUCUGGUAUAGAGAGAAAGCUGAAGAAGCGAACCUUUAGGGUGCCAUUGAAGAUUGAUUCAAAGCUGAUGGGACCUGGAAUGCCUCUGUCAAAAGAGUUUAUAGCUGAAGCUAAGGACAAAUUAGAGGCAUUGGACCACAAAGAUGCAGAGAGAAGAAGAACAGCAGAAUUAAAGAACAACUUAGAAGGAUAUAUAUACACAACUAAGGAAAAGAUUGAAACUUUGGAGGAUUGUGCAAAGGUUUCUACUAAUGAUGAACGCCAAUCAUUUGUUGAGAAGCUUGAUCAGGUGCAAGAUUGGUUGUAUAUGGAUGGAGAAGAUGCGAAUGCCACAGAGUUUCAAGAGCGUCUGGAUAUGUUAAAAGCAGUUGGUGAUCCGAUUUUCUUCAGAUUGAAGGAGCUUACAUCUCGACCAGCAGCAGUUGAUCAUGCUCAUAAAUACCUUAAAGAACUGCAACAGAUUGUAGAAGGGUGGAAGAAAAACAAGUCUUGGCUUCCAACAGAAGAAAUAGAUGGGGUUGUCAGAGAUGCUGAGAAGUUAAAGAAUUGGUUGGAUGAGAAGGAGGCUGAGCAGGCUAAGACUUCUGCAUUUAGCAAGCCAGUAUUCACUUCCGAUGAAGUAUAUCUGAAGGUAUUUGACCUGCAAAGCAAGGUUGCCAGGAUCAAUAGAAUCCCCAAACCCAAACCUAGAAUCCAGAAACCCCCAAAGAAUGAAACUGAGAGCAGGAACAACACUGACACUGCAAACAACACGUCAACAGAUGGUGCUCCCCAAAGCGAUCAACCAGAAAUUGAGAACCCAGAAGCCCAUCAUGCUCCUCAAAGCGAUCAAUCAGGGGAUGACACGGAAGGCACAAGAAAGGAAUUGGUUGAUGAGGAACCCCAAGGUCAUGAUGAAUUAUGAUUGAGGCUCAUUUUUCCUGGCAAUGCAUGUAGACCUAUAUCCAAUCAUCUACAUGCAAAAUUUGAAGUAUAGACUGGCAAUGAUAAAACAAAAGGGAAGAUGCGGCAAUAUCAGUUUUCGGUGUGCCUGCUGCCAUGGAGUUUUGGCAAAUAUUGUGCCGCUGGAUGAUUUUGCUUAUCAUUUUUGGGCUUAGUUCUAGGAAUUGGUCCCUCUGGUGGAAUUUUACGGCCAUUUGAAGGGGUUAUAUUUGGUGAACUGCUUUAGGUGAUAUAUAGGGAAUACUAAUUAUCUUUGCACAUGACAUGCAAUGUGAGAAAUUUUGCUAGAGCCAUCAGCUUCCCUAAUAGCUUGAAAGUAAUUAUGUUCUAUUAUACUUAACUAGAAUUUUUACUCCAUUGUACGUUAUAGAUUUCUAAUCUUACCACUAAAUGUGAUGAUUUUGUCUUGGACCAUGCUUAAAA